AUGGACUCCUUCAGCCCCGUUGUCAGCCUCAAUGCGUGGGAGACGAUUUCGAGCUAUGACGAGCACUCAACAUCGAAAAUCCACAACAUCGGUCUUUUACUACAGUUGGAGAAGCAGUACGACUCGUUGACGAUGGUUUCGAAUGUUCAGAUUUCGCGACAUUUGACCAACUUUUUGGCUACUAUUUCGUCGCCGAUCAGAGGAACAGACGGUUCAACCGCCUAUCAUGCCCAGCACUCCGAGCAUAAUCUGAUGAUCCACCCAGCGCCGAUGAUGAAAACCUUCCGCGAGCGACAAGAACGAGCCCUCGCCCCACUCGUCCAAAUCAUCUUCCAAGGCCAUCAGACCCCUUUUUCUCCAGAUCUUAUGGGAGAGGACCGCGUACUUGUCUACAUCAUCGUCCAGCCUGUUCAGUUUUCUUCGAAAAACGAAAGCUACAAGAUCUCGAUUGUCGCGGAUAAAAGCGUCGGUGACUUCGGACCGAAAAUACCAGAGCCCUCGGUGGUUUCAAAAAAGAAUCUGCAGCAGGUGCUGAUUCCUCUUCUUAUAAACGCAUCAAACGCCGCUCUAGCAUCAAAAAAGCUCGUAUGUCUCCGUGCAAGAGCUCGAGCAGAACUCUUCGCUGAUCUAAUCGAGUCGCUUUCUGGCUGGGAUGGGACUGGACAGCCGGUGGAGGGGCAGAAGAUCAGCGAGCUGGUGAGACCGCCCGUGGUCAACAAGGAGAAGAAAAAACUUCUUCCGGAUAAUGAUACUUACAUGGUGUUUAUGAAGGCGGUGGCGAAUUCUGAAAGCUCGAGAAGCCGCGAUUCAGGGUGUUCGUCAGGGAAUUACUCAUCAAAUGAGCUGGAAUCGCCAGUCACUCCGCCUCCAGUUGAAAAGCCCCCAAAUUUACCGAGCAAUUUGCCAGUUGUUACGCUUAUCGAAAAGCCGGACAUUUCCGAGCGAUGCAGAUCUCUCUCUGACCUUGGCUACAAGGAAAAGCACCAGUCGAGAAAAUAUGCUCAACUUGAGGACCUCGACUUCAACUGUACUUCUGAUUCAUCUAUCGAUUCCCUAUCCGACAUGGACUUUACUUACGCCCUCAGCAAGCUAAAAUUUCCGCCGCGAGAAGCCACUUCAAGCCGAAGAAAAAGCCGAAUUCCAAGAGCAGCAUCUCUAGCUGUUCUUCCAGAGCUCAACGAGUCGAUUCCGAUGCGGCCAAUUAUCAAAAAUGAUUUGAUUUCUGCGAGAAAAGAGAAACAUUCAGUUUCUUUCAGAGAAUAA